ACUGUAAAACAUUCAAUCUCAUUUCCUCUGCAUUGCCACCAUCUGUAUCUCCAUCUGCAACCGUUGCGCACGUUGUGACUACCUGCCCCUUUGUCUUAUCUGCCUCUGUGUUCAUAGGUGAUUCCCAUCCAGUUCAGUCAUGACGGGGAAUUCCAGCACCUUCAGAUUGGACAACACCACCCGGGCCAUUUUUCUGAAUGGAACCACCAGCAUCGUCAUCUCUGUCAUCUAUAUGAUCGUCUUCCUCAUUAACCUGGUUGGAAACGGCCUUUCCAUGUGGCUCCUCGUCUUCCGUACCUCCCCAAAGAGCCCUUCCAUCAUCUUCAUGAUCAAUCUCACCUUCACCGACCUGGCACUUGGCGUUGGGCUACCCUUUCAGAUCGCCUACCAGCUCCAACAUUAUAACUGGACUCUGGGACCCAAAAUGUGCAGUUUCCUGACCCUCGUCUUCUACACCAAUAUGUACUGCUCCAUUCUGACCGUGAUGGCCAUCAGCAUUGACCGCUACCUGGGCAUCGUCAGGCCCAUGUUCUUCAGGAAUAACAGAGGGAGGAAGUCCAUUGCUGUCAUCAGCUGCCUCCUCAUGUGGGGUUUAGUCCUGUGUGUGCUGCACCCACUGAUGACAGACCUGACCUUUGACGUUCCUGAACUCGGGAUUACCACAUGCUUCGACAUGCUGAAGUCAAAUAUGCUCCCCAGUAAACUUGCCUGGGCGGGUUUUGCUGGUGGCAUGGUGAUUGUCCUCUUCCUCUUCCCUUUCUGUGUCACGACAUUCUGCUACGUCAGGGUCAUCCAAAAACUGACCAGAGACUCUAAGACAGCCCAGAAAAACAGGGCGGUGCGUCUGGCUGUCAUUGUUCUCCUGGUGUUCACCUUGUUCUUCGCUCCUAACAACAUCCUCCUGUUAACUCACGCUGUGCUGAAACUCUUCUAUGGGAAGUCUCUCUACAUGGCCUACAAGCUGUCUCUCUGUUUCAGCUGUGUGAACAGCUGCCUCGAUCCUUUUAUUUACUAUUUUGCUUCCAAGGAUUUUAGACAAAAGGUGAGACAGAUAAUGAAUCUGCAGAGCCAUAGCAGUGCAGACUCAAUGAAGCUGGAGCAUAAAGAAAGUUUGUACUCGGCACAUUGCACCUUUGAAGGACCGGAGAGAGAAAACAGCAAAGUGUCUUUGAUGCCAAAUCACACCAGAGCAUAGAAAGACAGAAUGAGAAAGAAAAAAAAAACAAUACAAAAGACCGUGACAAAGGAAGUGAGAGAAAGAGAAAAAGUGUGUUAAGGGUUGCCUUGAGUGUGUCAAGCGCUUGUACAACAUCUAACCAUUUCAAAAUCUUUUCACUUCAGUUUUUGUUAAUGUGAAGUUCAGAACAAAUGAACAUGAACAACAGCUGAGCCGUUUUGCUAAUUUAAUUGUUGUUAUUCUCGCAUUAUUCUACACUGUAUGGUAUUUCAGAGUAUGAAAAAACAUUUGUUGUAAAUAUAUUUUAAUAUCUGCCACAAGUUUCAUAAUAGUUAUUUAGAUAAAAGAUGUAGCAUGCACAAGUGCAAAUGAAAUGUGAAUAAAACAUUUAUAUUAUAUAAGUCUUCAUAGACCAGACAUAGAAAAGUUUUUUUUAACUAUGAACUGAAACAGUUGACUUUUCACCUUUAUCUUGCUUUAAAUUUCUGUUCU